CUUUACCCACAAAUCGAGUUCGCUACAUAAUUCUUUAACCGCAAUUCGCCUGUUAAUUUUGAUUACGCGCACCUUUAGUCAUAAUAAACAAUAACCUGCGAAUUAUUACGUAUGAGUGCGCUGCGAUUGUGUGUGAGUGUGUCAAAGCGAAAACGAAAGGCCAGCAACAACAAGCCGUCGAUUGUGUGUGGUCAGCAGCAGCGGCUUCGAGUUGGGUCCGAGCCCAAAUCAAUGGAAGUACCGCUGCCGGCGACGCUGCCUUUACACAUGCGCAGAGUUCACUCCAAAUAAAUAACAACUCAAAUCGAAGCUCAAGCAGAUACACUCGGCCAAAAACUCAAAGCCGUCGCCGGGCAACGAAGGCAAUCAAUUGAACCUUAGUCUCCAUUUGAGUCGCACUCCCCGCGGAAUUGGGUUGAGACUCGUCUCGUUUUUCGCUUUUUGUUUAUCUUUUUGCUGCGUUUCAAAAACUUUUACUCCCCUCGCCGUUUGUUUGUGGCCGGAGAUCCAAUACAAUCAAAAUAAAACGCAAAAUUAUUAACGCCUGUGUUAAAUGUUAAUUAUUACAUAAUUUUCCCUCGCCUCGGUUUUUGUCUUUCGCCGAUUGUUUAAACGGUAGCUGGAUCCGGGAGGGGCGAGAAGAGGAGAGGCGUGGCCAGGCGAGGUGAAUCGUAGUGCGGUGACCUUCGGCGAACGGCGGCGGCAAACAGCAAUCAAACAAGCCAUUUGAGAUAGCCAAACAAGCGCGGUCCAAAUAUCUCGGCACACUGCGCGCUCUCGUAUUAACAACAAAUAAAUAUAAAUAAGCCAAGGUGACUAAGUACCGCCGCAGCAUGGAGAUCAGGCGCACCUCUCGCCCAUAUCUAUGGGUUGUGCCGAUGCUGCUCGGCCUUUGGCUGGGUUCGGUUUUGGCCAAGGGCGCCAGCAACCAGACCGCCUCACAAACCUGGCAGCACCAGCAGCGAUAUCAAAGUCAGCUCAAUCAAUCGCAGUCGCCGCCAGAGGAACUCGAGAUUUUGGACAACACUUCAGCCAUUGUCAGUUCGCCCCAUGAAACCCAUUUGACUCGCACCUCCGUCAUCUUCGGGCUAACAAAAGUGGCCAACGAGAGCAGCGUGAGCCAGAAGUGCCACACGCAACUGAAGCAAGUGCAGCGCGGCAUUCUCGGCAAGCAGCCAUGGGCCAUGAAGGUUCUGGAUGCGUCGGGUACAAAACCCUCGGGCUUUGUAUAUGGCCAGAACUACUGGCUGGGAAGUCGGGAAGCUUGUCGCGGAGUCCAAAGACCCGUGGGCAUAACCCUGUCGAAAAACUUCGAUCGUGUGAUGCACUAUGGAAUUAUCACCCAGAAGGCGCCCUUUGACAUGGACUACAGGGUUCUAUACCUGAGCCACAGUUCCCCGUGGCAGGUGGAAAUAAAGCUGAUGUCCGAGCAGAUUAUCCACAUAGGUUUAUGCCUUCCAAGUGCCUGCGAUUCGGAGGAGGUUAAAAGUCUGGCCCGGAGUUACGUAGCUGGGGGAAUGUUCACCGAAAACGACAUCUUCGACAUUCGACCGGAAGUGGUUUAUAUGAAGGAUCUGCAGCUGAAGGAGGAAUUCUUCGAGAGAGCCAGCUUUCGACUGUUAGUAGCUUGUGUUUUGGUCACUGGAGCUCUGGUGCUCUGUGCCCAACAACUGGCGGCCACCAAAAAGCUGGAAUCUUCAACUGAGGAACCCGAUCCUAGAUUAGCUCCCGCGGAAUCGGAAGUUUGGCGUGGACUCAACUCGCUGCUUCAAUUCGAGAAACUUCAGAAGUAUAUACCCUGUUGGGAUGUACCUACAAACUGGUCGAAGAUCUUUGCCGUAAGGGAGAACUCUCCCAAUGAAAUUCCCCUGAUGAACGGUCUGCGAUCUGUGUGCGCCAUAUGGAUAAUGGUGUUCCACGUGGUGUGGUUCAUGUACUUCACAGUUCACAACAAGACGGUGCUGAUUUCGUAUGCAGAACAGGCCUUCUUCCAAUACGUUUCCUCUGCGCCCCUACUUGUUGAUGUCUUCUUUACCAUCAGUGGCUUCCUUCAAACUUUUAACUUUUUUCGGAACUCCCAGCAACUGGAGGCAGUACGUGGAAAUAGCUUCGGUGAAAAUCUGAAGCUCUUCGGCAAACUGCUCUUCCAUCGGUAUUUGCGCCUUGGACCACUUUACUUGGUAGUGAUGGCCACGGUGGACUUGGUUUACGCCUAUAUUGGCGAUGUCUCAGUCUACCACAUCAACGAGCGAUUCGAUGAGAUGUGCUCCCGCCAUUGGUGGCGAAAUCUCCUGUUUAUUCAGAACCUCUUCGAUCAUAGAGAUAUGUGCGCGAAUUGGAGUUGGUCUCUGGCCUGCGAAAUGCAGUUCUUCAUCCUGGCCAAUGCCUUGCUGUUCCUCUAUGUGAAAUAUCCCAAGGUGGUCAAAGCACUGGUGGCCUCUUCCUUCGUGGCCACUGUGGCCUGGUCCUACAGCAUCGGCGUGAGCAUCAAGUUCCAGUUGUCAUUCGACUCUGCUUUUGCCACCGGAACCGAGAUCUAUACAUCGCCCUUCGUAAGGGUCCUUCCUUAUAUUCUGGGAGCAGCCACAGCUUGGUUGCUUCUGGAAAAUCGAACCCAGUUGGAGAUGAGUGAACCCAAGGAGCGAUUCUGCUGGCACUUCGCCUUGUUGGUGUUCUUCGCCUGCAUUUACUCGACCGUCAAGAGGGACCUGGGACCUCUGAUGGCCAUCACGCUGUUUGUAAUGGGUCGCCUCUUCUUUUCGCUGAGUGUAUGCUGGAUGAUAGCGCGCAGUUGCGUUGGGCGGGGGGUGUGGUGGUCACGUCUCUUGGAGGCCAAGGGCUUCCAGCACGUCAGUCGACUGUCCUACGCCAUUUACCUCCUAAAUCCGCUGGUCAUCGCACUAUUCUACAGUUUAACCAACGCCAGUACACAUGCAGAUCCCUUCAUGCUGUGCGUGGUGACCUGCGGCUUUGCAGUCAUCGUCUAUCUGGCCUCAAUUAUCUUCUCGCUGGCCUUCGAGCUGCCCUUUAGCAAUCUUUCCAGUCUGCUAAACCGACGGCAGGGCAAGUCGAAAAGUGCCUAAAGAUGCUAGCCUUAAGUUAGAUCGUUAGGGUCAACGCACACGCCUCCAUCUGACAAUUGUGAUCGCUUUCAUGUACAACUACUCACCAUAUUCGAAUCAGUAGGCUUAGUCUUGUUUAGUCAAUGUUAAACAUAUGCUUAUCAAAAUACUUUGUACAUCGGUGGCCACCCUAUUUAGCUUAUUAAACACCUAGUUGUAGACGAGCUCUUAUACUAUAUGUAUUGUAUUUACUUAAACACUUUACCGUCCCCAAAAUAGAAUAUAGA